AUGAUUAUCGACAUCGGCUCCAACAAUUACUAUGUCUGUGGCGUUAUUACACAGGGAAGUGGCAGUGCAGACUACUGGGUCAAUACCUUCGAGGCUGCGCAUGCUCCGGACAACAGCAACUAUGCCCCGAUCGCCGGCGCUUAUACCACUGCUGGUGACAAAACGACUCAGAAGCUGUCCCGAUUUCCUUUGCCGAUGCGGGCCCGCUAUGUUCGCAUCUGGCCGUCCACUGUCAAUGGGGCCCUCGCCAUGCGUGCAGGGCUGGUGACGUGUGGCCCGUUGAGAGCUGGGACUUCCGGGAACCAUGCCACCAAUGCAGGCGUUACGUGUCAUUCGGAUGUAUCAAACUGCACGCAGAUUACGGACGGCAACAAAUGCACGGACAGUGCGACAUUCUCGGGUGCCGUGGCGACAGCAUCCACGGAGCUUUGCACUUCCAAAUACUGGGUGCAGCUUGAUCUAGGAGCCACAUUGUCGAACGACGCGCCGACGAAGUUGGUGAACAAGGUGGUGGUUUAUGGAUGCCAGAAUUUGAUGUAUUGUGGCCGGGCUCUGGAACUUUCCAGCGAUGGGACAACCUGGUCCACGGUCUAUGAGGCAAACACAGCUUACGCAGUCCAGCUGCAGCAGGAUGACGAUGAUCCGCCGAACGUGACAUACAGCGCUGUGGAGUCGGGUUCUGGAAGCGUUUUUCGCUUUGAUUUGCGCCCCAUUCGCUAUGUGAAAGUUUGGUCGAGCAUCAGCAGCAGCGCGCUUCAAGUACACUUCGCAGAAAUCGCUGCUCGGUCGGACAAGCGAGAAGUUUAUGAGCAGGCCGCGGAGCUGAACUAUCAGUUUGACACAGAGAUGGCCAGCACGGCCGUGACCAUGGGCCAGCUGAGCAAUCUGGGCAUGCUGUCCGACUACACAUUCAUGGCUUACUGGAAGGCGAGUUCCCUCACGACCAAUGCCUACUACCCGAUCUUCGGACAGACCCAAAGCAGCGGCCUGAACUUUUUCGUGAAGCAGACAGCGACCAACACCGCCCAACUUGAGCACAAAGUGGAUGGCUCCGACGGAUGCAGCACAAGUGCGACGUCGGUUUCGGCCAAUUGGAACCAUGUCGCUCUGUCCUUCAGUGCCAGCACAAAAGCAUCAACCUUUUACCUCAACGGUGCCGCGGUGUCGCCAACCUGUGCAGCACAGAUCAGCGCCACAGAUGGAAGUGUUGAGUAUGGAGGUGGUCGUGGAGAGGGCACCUGGAGUGGGAGCCUUCAGCAGGCCAAGGUGUACACACGAACUGUCCUGUCUGAGGACUUGACCAAUUUCAGCAACUGGUGCUCCACGUACACCUGCGGGCCAGGAUAUCGCCGUGAUUCGAGCAAAUCGGGCACUUGCAGCACCGCCAGCUGCACGGAUGCGGAAUGCUGCGAGGAGUGGCCAACAUGCGCCACAACGGAUUGCACACAAGACUCGAAGUACACCUCGAGAAGGCGCAACUAUUGCUUUCGGUCGUGCACGGAGACGUUGUGCUGCACAUGGCGUGUACUCGGUUCCUUCACGCUCACCGGGACUUCAACCCCAACGGUGACAACUCACAGUACAGCCUCCUGGGUUGAUGCUGGUUCCACUUGCAAGGACCAGUUUGACGAUGCGCUCCCUGUUACCACAAGCGGAACGGUUGACCGCACAACUGCAGGCACAUAUACUAUCACGUACCAGUGCACGGAGAACAAUGGCAACACGGUGCUGGACACAAAGACCCGGACUGUCACGGUCGUGGAGAGCAUGUACAUCAACCCAGCCUUGUACUGGGUGGUGCAGCGCGAGGCCGGUUCCUGGACAGACACGGUCUCCAAGUGUUGGGACACGGCCGACACAUUCGACGCCGAUGUGGCUGACAUGCAUCAGUCGGAGACGUGGGAUGCGAGCCUGCGGCUCUACAAUGGGACAUCCGGUGGAGAGACCGAGGAAAACCGCACAAUUACUUACACCUGCUCUUUGACCAGCGAGAAAAUAGAAAGGACCUUGAUGAUUCGGGAUGCCAUCCGCAGUCUGUACGGUCCAGAUCCCCAUGUGGUUCGCAGUGGGCGACUGCGGUGGAACGCUGGUGCCUGUGAGAUCUGCGACACGACGGAUACGAACCCCGGAGAAACGUCGUGCUCAUAUUCGGAUGACAACUCCACUACGACGGAUAGGUGUGCAUUGACGGCUACAGGCUGGAAGGCCAGCAAUGACAAAGGAGAGGGCACUUAUUUGCAGCUGGAUCUGGGUUCAGCUCUCAAAGUGGCAGGAGUGAAGACCAAGGGCCACUCGAACGAGGAAGCAUGGCUGAAGACCUACACCGUCGCAUACUCCACCGAUGGCUCGAGCUGGAAUGACGUCUCCGGCACGUUUACGGCCAACACCGACCAGAACACGGAGGUUGAGGCCAUGCUGCCGUCCAUAGUGGAAGCACAGUGGUGGCGCAUCAUCGCGAAGACUUUUCACAAUGUAGUGGCAGCUCGAGCUGCGAUCAUGGUCUGCAGCUCAACCAGUACGAGCACCGAUGCGGACUGCCUGUGUGGCUAA